AUGGGAAAUACCGAAAGUAACGUCACCAGUGGCGUCAAGAAGCAGGCCGGAGUGUCCACCCAGGCUCUGUACAAGUUUGUCAACCUGAAAGGUGGCGGCCUGCUGGUGGACAUGAUGAAGCGGGCGAUCCAAAACAAACAGUACGCCGAAAUAGACCACGCAAUAAAGACCAAGGUGGAACCGUUUCUGUACAACAAGGGCAAGGGGAAGUACAUUCCGGUGGCACAACUGGUGUACCUACGGAACCGGGAACGGCCACGCCACAAGCAACUGCCGGAAAUUCGUGCCCUCGAAAAUCCCGAAGAGGACUACGAUAUAGACAAAGAGUGCCCGGAUGUGACCGAGGGCGAGUACAUGCGGAACCCCGGGGGGUACAGGGAGGUGUGCUGGAACAUCAAGGAACGUGGCGCAGUAGGCGAGACCAUUUUGCAUUUGUGCCUUCUGAACGCAACUUCACUGCACGCAGAUCUGGCGAAGCGCCUUCUGCGAUUCUACCCUAAACUGAUUAACGAUGUGUACAUGUGCGAUGAGUACUACGGCGAAAGUGUGCUGCAUUUGGCGAUCGUCAACGAAGAUCCGGCCAUGGUGAAAUACCUGCUGGAUGCCGGGUCCGACGUGAAUGAACGGUGCUGCGGGACGUUCAUGUGUCCGGAGGAUCAAAAAGCAUCCCGGUUCGAUUCACUGGAAACGGAAAUAAUCUGUGUGAUGCCACAAACCAACUACGACGGAUACGUCUAUUGGGGAGAGUACCCGUUGAGCUUCGCCGCUUGUUUGGGCCAGGAAGAGUGCUACCGGUUGGUAUUGGCACGGGGAGCCGACCCGGAUAACCAGGAUUCAAACAUGAACAACGUGCUACACAUGAUGGUGAUUUACGAAAAGUUAACGACGUUCGAUAUGGCGUACGAAGUGGGUUCUUCGCUGAGCAUAAGAAAUCUCCAAAACCUAACACCGUUGACGUUGGCCGCCAAGCUGGGUCGCGUCGAAAUGUUCUUCCACAUCAUGAACAUUGAGCGGGAGAUCUACUGGCAAUUGGGAAGUAUUACGUGUGCCGCCUACCCGCUGGCAUUGCUCGAUACGAUCGACAUCGAAACCGGCAACAUUAGCAAAGAUUCCGCGCUGAAUCUGGUCGUUUUCGGCGACAAAGACGAGCAUUUAGAUCUCCUCGAAGGAGUCCUCAUCGAUCUCCUGAAAACCAAAUGGAACACGUUCGUCAAGGACAAGUUCUACAGCCAAUUUUUCGUGUUCUUUUGCUAUUUUUGCGUGUCACUGAUUAGCUUCACACUGCGCGAGGGACCAAUGAAGCUGGAGGACGGAGAGGCCAACAAAACUACCACGAGUAUUCAGCUGAAAAAUAUGACCCUGGCCGACCUCACCAACGCCAGUACGCUGUCCUCGCUACUGGUCACCGACGUGAGCGGCAAGAUCGUCGGGCUCAAUGGGAGUGAAACGUUCUUCGACCCGUCGACGAUCGAGUCCGACAUGUUCUUCAACUCCAAGUGUCCAACGAUGAUCUACAAGGGUAUCGAGGGGAAAAUUCGACUGGUUUCGGAAGCAAUUAUUCUGGUGGGAUCAUUUCUCUAUCUGGUUUCGGCUUUGAGAGAAUCUCGCUUUCUUGGGAGGAAAAUGUUUAUCGAAAAUUUGAUGACCGCUCCUUCCAGAGUAAUGUUCCUGUUUUCCUGCUGUAUUAUGAUGGUAGUUCCUUGCCUCAAAGUGCUAUGUUUCACCGAGUUGGAAGAUCACGUUGCGGUCGUGAUUAUGCUGACAACUGCGCCCUACUUCCUGUUCUUCUGUCGCGGCUUCAAAACGGUCGGACCGUUCGUGGUGAUGAUUUACCGCAUGGUGAUGGGAGAUCUGCUCCGGUUCGUGGCCAUUUACUCGGUGUUCGUGAUGGGCUUCUCCCAGGCCUACUACAUCGCGUUCCUGUCGUACAAGGGCGAGGAGGAGGGCGACGAGAAUCCGAUGCCCUCGCCGAUGGAGUCGAUCGUGGCCAUGUUUCUGAUGUCGUUGACCAACUUUGGCGAUUACUACGCCGCGCUCGAGGAUACCGCCCACGAGGGUUGCGCAAAGGUGCUCUUUGUGACAUACAUGGUAAUUGUGGCGGUGCUGUUGGUCAACUUGCUGAUCGCUAUGAUGGGUAAUACGUACACCAAGAUUGCCGAGACGAAAAACGAGUGGCAACGGCAGUGGGCUCGCAUAGUUCUGGUCGUCGAGCGAGGCGUUCCACCGGCAGAACGUCUGAAGAACCUAAUGAACUACAGUCAACCCAUGUCGGACGGUAGAAGGGCCUUGGUUUUGCGAUUGAAUAUGACGGAAGAGGAUAAGGAAGAGAUGAAGGAGAUCCUUGACAUGAAACGGGUGCACGAACGGCUGUCCAAGAAGCGAGUAGUUGAGCGGGAAGCACGCGCCGAGCAGAGACGUCUCAUUGCAGAGAAAUACGCAAACGUACCGUAGUUUCAAAUUUGUUAGUAUGUACUCGAAACAUUUAAGUAGACAAAGUAAACACAUCUUCGUUAACUAGUCCAAUUGUCCGAUUUAAAGAAUAAAUCUCUUAUUCAAAUGUUUCAAA